AAUCAAGAUGCAGAAGAGGGUACACUUGACUGUAUGUUCGUUUCAUGGCCCAUGGUACGUUACAAAAGGGAAGUUUUGUUUGGCUGGGUAGAUUUGUUAGUGUCUUUCGGUGGAAUUGCUGGUUUAUUUUUGGGAUUCAGUCUUCUAUCUGGUGUGGAGAUAUUAUACUAUUUCACAAUAAGAACUUGUUGCAUGGUGGUGAAAGAGAAAAAACAGUUGAAAAAGAUUCGCCUUCAAGAAAAAUUUGGAACUUCGCCGAAAAAUCAUUCGAAUCCUCCACCUUAUUUUAUUUCAAAAACUCCCACCUUCGACGAUACUGGUAUAACUCUCCAGUCUGGACUUUUUUCCAAAGUUUCCAAGAGAGUGGGACCAUUCAAUGAUCAACGUCAGUCACAACCACAACCGACUAUUAUCAAAUCCCCGUUUGGUAUCGAGUUCAUUAAUUAAAAACGCAAUGAAAUUACUUCUGUUUUAUUGAGUAGGAAUAUAAAUACGACAUAUAAAUUCCAUAAACCGGUUUCAACCAGAUGUCACUAAUUUACUGUAAUUGAACUAGUUCAUUGGUUUGAAAAAUAUGUAUAAUAUUAACAAGUAACAAAACAUUUCCAUUAAAACACAAAUUUACAAAUGUACAGAAAUAAAUAAAUCUAAAUACAUAUUUAUUCGUACAAUUA